GAAAUUCCAUCAACCCAGCCUCAAUAUAAAUCCAAAUAAAAGGUUUUGUUGUGGCUAAAUGUUCAAAGAAGAAAAAAUUCUGUCGUUGAAUUAUGAACUGUUGGGGUAGCAGAGAUCGAAAGAUCGUAAUAUAAAUUUUUUGUUGAAAUCUAUUCCAAAUUUAUUCGUUCACAUUUCGGUUCAUCUCGAUUACCCAAUGAUUGCAUCAUGAGAUUUAUUCUUCUGAUAUAUAUUUUUUACACUUUUCGAACCUUUGAAUCGGGUAGCGUGAAUUAUUAAAAAAACGUAAGAGAAGAACUUCAGGAAGCUUGUAAAAGCCUCUCACAGAUGGCGUCUGAUUGCAUUUCCACGAAUCACCGUUGAGGUUCCGAGUCCGAGUGUUUGGUGCGAUCGUGAGAGUUGUCAAAAGUAAAUAAUAUUGAAUUUAGUAAAGAAUCAAGAUACAAUGUCAACUUUGUACGAUCAAAUUAAACUUUUGUAUGAUCAGGGCCUUUACUCCAACGUAAUUGGUCUCGCCAGUUUAAUUUUGUCGUUGAGUGAUCACAAUGGAGAUCUUUUACCAGCCCAUGCAAAAUUCCAUGUUUAUGUACAUUGCGCAGACUCGCACUUUCAUUUGGGAAAAUUUAGGAAAGCGGAAUCAUUGUAUAAAAAAUCGUUGCAAUUUCGAAAAUGUUUGCUCAAGUCCAAAGGUGCCACCAAACCUCCUAUCGAGGGCCAUAAAGAUCUUCUUUCAGACAUAGAUAUUAAAUACCAAAUACACCUGUGCCUAGUAAAGUUAAAAAAUCAGCAAGAAGCUCUUCAGGUGUUACAGAGUAUACCAGGAAAACAAAGAACGGCAAAGGUGAACAUGGCCCUAGCAAAAAUAUUUCAAGAGCAAGGAAUGGAGAGAUCCGCGAUUACCACGUACAAAGAGGUAUUACGAGAAUGUCCCUUAGCAUUGGAAGCAGCAGAAGGCUUAUUGGCAUUGGGAGUGAAGGGUGUCGAAGUGAAUUCCCUGAUAGUAGGAUUUACUGCGAAUUUACCAAACUCGGAUUGGCUCAAUACGUGGAUAAAGGCUCAUGCUCACAUACACAAUCGUGAAUACAACCACGCGAUAACGACUCUGCGAUCGUUGGAUAACGCGAAUUUCCUUCGUGAUAACUUCAACCUGUUGGUAACGAUGGGCGAGUGUUAUUACUACGCGGGUGAUGAUAAAAACGCGUUAUUGUGCUUGCACAGAUCGAGAGUAAUCGAUCCGGAUGUUACCAAAGGAUUAGAUCUGUACGCCGCAGUUCUUUAUAAAACGCAAUAUACCAAAGAACUGGAGAAAUUGAUACCCGUGAUAACGUCGUCGAGCGAGUGUACAGCUGAAAUAUACAUCGCGAUGGCUUACGCCCUCUACGCUUCCCGCAAACUAAACAGGGCUAACACACUCACGGCUCAAGCCAUGAACUUACGCCCUAAUAACGUCGAAGCGAUCAUUCUCCGAGGAAAUAUUUUCAUAGAUCAAAAAAAGUAUCAGGAAGCCCUUCAUCACUUCAGACAAGCAAUGCAGCUUCGACCUCAUCGCUACGAACCUCACAAAGGCCUGGUCGAUUGUUUCGUUGGAAUGCAUCGCCUAAGAGAAGCUCUCAACAUCGCUAGCAGUGCUUGCAAACAGCUCGGCCACACCCCAAGAGUUUUAUCGUUGUACGCCUCGGUUCUCAUGAAAGAUCCAGUUUCCGUUGGGAAAGCAAAAAAUUUGUUAGAGAAAGCUCUUUCUCAGGAUGAAACUUACCUUCCUGCUGUUUAUUUUCUCGCCGAAAUAUACGAGCAAGAAAUAAAUCUCGAAGCUGCGAUCGAACUCCUCGAAAGGCAAGUCGAAAUACAACCGACGUGUAAAUUGCAUCAAAUGCUGGGAGAUUUGUGGGCCAGAGUUCACAACGAAGAAAAAGCUCUUGAUCACUAUGGCAUUGCGUUAAACUUGGACCCGAGUAAUAGACGAGCUUUAGAAGGAAUGCACCGUUUGGACAGCACAGCGAGUAAAUUAGACUCGAGUUAUUAUUUGACCGUCGGUGAAGAACACGCCGAUACGACGUACGACGUGGGCGAUGGUUUACCUGACUCGGACAACGACGAAGCCGCCGAAGAAAGCGAAACCGAAGCUGUUUGGUCAGACAUGGAUCUCGAGGCCAACAGUCAAUAAUAAUAAGAAAAAACGUUGCUGCUUCUUCUCUCACACAAAAAUUUUCAAAGAUAAAGUCGAUAUCAAUUGGUUUUUAUUUCAAACUGAUUGCCUGAUUUUUAAGAGGGCAACCUGCAUCAAAGUGCUAAAAAUCAUAAUGACGGGAUUUUUCUCUUUGGUUCCAGUGAAACGGAUCCUCAAACGAUCAUAAAACAAUGUUCUUGAAACAUCUGAUUUCUGAUACUUGUUUUUGACAGUAUUUGCGACUCCUUAAAAUAGUAUAUUACGCACCUAGGGAGGGAACGUAGACUAUUUCAAACCGGGGGCAGAAUUGACAAGCACGCGGUUUGAGGUGGUCUAAUUUCACUCCUGAUACUAUUUUUCACCACACAUGCACCGAAAAUUCAACCUUCCGAUUUCGGAAAGUUGAACUUUCGGCGCAUGUGUGGUGAAAACGAAUUUUCUCGGUUUUGUAAAAUGUAAUGUGGGCCAUUAUUUUUGUCUAACAAAUAAUGGAAGAAUUUAUUUUUAUGACGAAAUGCGUGCUGAAAGAAACCAGAAGUUUUAGGAUAAGUUUCCUCACUUGAACGGGGGAGAAAACGGAAAAAGAAAAAGAUUUCAUUAGUAUUUCAGGUUUCCCUCUUAAAGAAUUUGAAGGCUCAAUAAAAUUUAUUUCUCCGUUAUUUACGUUCCCAUCUAUUUACAAGACUGAAAUUAUGACGUUUACUUUUCGAUCUUUUUUUUCGUUCCUGAUGGAAUGUCAUAAAAAAUGAAGAAUCAUGUACAGGACGUUUGUAAGAGAUUUUUUGUUGCAUAAGUUAUCGAUAUUGAGAAGCUCGACAACGAGAAGAUCAAUUGCCUAAACGAAUGGAUCACGUUCAAUUGAGAGAUCUUUGCAGAUUGUUAUAAAUUAAAUUGUGCUUGACAAGAAA